AUGGCCGCUCCUCCGCCGGAGCCCAGCUCUGGUCCAACUGCUUCGACCUCGUCGUCCCCAACGACAGCCAAGCCCAUACACAGCCUCGUGCUCGACACCGGCCCCCUCAUCAAAAACGACCCGCCUGCCAGCGUUCUCCUCGCCAGGGCCGAGAUGCUCUACACCCUCCCCUGCAUCAUCCCCGAAAUCCGUGACCCUGCCACGCGCUCCCGCGUUGAGACGACACUGCUCCCCUUUGUCACGCUGCGAUCGCCCAGACCUGAGAGCCUGCGGUUUGUACAGGGCUUCGCCAGGAGGACGGGAGACUUGGCGGUGCUCAGCCGACCCGAUUUGGAGGUGCUGGCUCUCGGCUAUGAGCUCGAGUGUGAGAGGAACGGCGGCGAUUGGAGGCUGAGGAGUACGCCUGGUCAAAAGGGACUGAACGGUCGACCCGGAAAGGCAGACGAUGCCGCAUCGAGUUUACAGGAACCGAAUGAUGCGGAGGCCGAGACGGUCUCGGACGAGACUGCGCAACAAGCUGAUCACCAAGACGCGCCCGACGCCCACGACACCCCAAAGCCGGCUACUCAAGAACCCCAGCCUUUGGAGAGAAGCAUGCAGCAACUUGAGUUGGCCGAAACGGGCGCUCAGCCUUUGGAGAUGGCAAGCGGGGAGAAACCUGAUGAGACAACGAGAACGCAGGAGGAAGCCGACGAGGAAUCAGACGACGAAGGCGGCUGGAUCACCCCCUCCAACGUCAAGAAGCAACAGGCUAAGGACGCGGGCGCGGCAACGCCAUCCCAGGUUCCGCAGAAGACGCUCCAGGCCGCCAUUCUCACGUCCGACUAUGCGAUGCAAAACGUGGCCCUCCGCAUGAACCUCAACCUGGUGACGCCGUCACUGGCACGAAUCACGCAGGUCAAGAACUGGGUGCUGCGGUGCCACGGGUGCUUCUCCAUCACCAAGGACAUGAACAAGCAGUUUUGCCCGUCGUGCGGGCAGCCGACGCUGAUGCGGGCGAGCUGUUCGACGGACCAGCACGGCAACUUCCGGGUGCAUCUCAAGAAGAACUUUCAGUGGAACAACCGCGGCAACGUGUACAGCGUGCCGCGGCCGGUGCACGGCAGCGCCAACGGGAGGCUGGCGCCGAACGCGGGGGGCAAGAACGGAUGGGGCCAGGGCCUGAUGCUGGCCGAGGACCAGAAGGAGUACGCGCGGGCGUCGGAGGAGCAGCGGCGGGCGCGGAAGAAGGACCUGAUGGACGACGACUACCUGCCGGGCAUACUGAGCGGCGACCGGUCGGGGGGGUCUGGAGGCAGGAUCCGGGUGGGUGCUGGGCGCAACGUGAAUUCGAAGCGCAAGCAUUGA